AUGAAUUCUGAAGAGUACGAGCAACGUGACCGUGAUGCCAAACGGAGGAGACUGCGCAAAGGCACGCACAGCUGCUGGGAGUGCAAACGGAGAAAGGUCCGGUGCACCUUUGCCUCGGCGACAGAUGCAACAUGCAUCACCUGCCGCCGGCGCGGCACAAAGUGCGUCAGCCAGGAACUCCCUGAAGAAGUCGGCGAUGUGGAGGACGGCGCAGGUCGCAUGGGACGAGUCGAAGCACUUCUGAACCGACUGGUCCAGCAGAUCGACCACGGAGCGAUACAGGAUGGAGCCGAGUCAAUGCGUGGCCAAAGCCAGGAACAUGACCUUGCUGCUCUUGAGCCUGCCAGUGUCAGCAGCGCAGACGCAAACCCGACUCCAUCCACGUCCUCUUCCUCAUCCUCACAUGAGUCUUCGUCGGGAAGGCACUAUCCUCGAGGAGCGCAGGAUGCGAGUCGUUCUCACUCCAGACCGUCACUCCGCACGCCUACCGUCUUUCAGACAUCUCCAGCCGCCAGAAAGGCCGCUCCUGCCGGAAAUACACACAAUCUUGAACAGAUCUCACAAGCACUCCUUACAGCCUUCCCCAUCCAGAACGACAUUGAGAUCCUACUCGAGGCGUGCAAUGGGCCUGCGGAGUUUUGUUUCAAGGUCAGCAACAUGCUGCACGGCCGAAAGAAGCGCGUGGAAGUGGAAGAUGAAGCGCAGCAAGCGAAGAUUACCAGUCCUCGCACCCAUCCAGUUCUCAUAGCCAAGUACAUGCUCAUACUUUGCUCGCUAACGAUGGGGCUCUCGCCACGGCAGCACGUACCGGGUCUAGCUGAGCAUCACCGCGUCAUCAUGGAGAGACUUGCCGACGCGGCCAUCAGGCUAGUGACAACAAAUGAAGAGCUAUUAGGGACGGUGGAGAGCUUGGAAUGCAUUCUACUCGAGGCACUCUACCACUUGAAUUGCAUGAACAUCCAACGAGCCUGGCUGGCAUUCCGAAGAGCCAUGGUGUCGGCCCAAUUGAUCGGCAUCUGCCGCCCACACUGUCCUCCGCCGAAGAAACUAGAUCCCGACACCAACAUUAACCCACAAGUCAUGUGGUCCAACAUCGUCUACAUGGACCGUUUCCUCUCUUUGACACUCGCCCUCCCUCCAGGCCACACCGACGUGAAGCCAGAGACGACGGACACACUCCUGGCAAAUGGCACCGCCAGGGACACCCCGAGGGGCUGGUUAGAGGGCCUUCACUCCAAGAUCAUUGCAAAGAUCCUCGAACGCAACCAGCUCGGUCUGUCGGAGCGCACGAUGGCCCUGACCCUAGAAAUUGACCGGGACCUCCGCAAGGCGGCUGAAAGUCUACCGGCCGACUUCUGGAGGCUGCCGGUUCUUACUGCCGAUGGGAAGGACGCAGAUGAGACAUUCAGAGAGACAAUGCGCAUCAGGGACCAGGUGACUCACUUCACCUUAGUCAACCAGCUGCAUCUGCCGUAUUUACUCGGGCCCGACACAACCAACAAGCAGAAGCAGAAGCAGAAGCACGAAAAUGAAUAUUCCCGAAGUUCCUGUGUCUAUGCCAGCCGCGAGAUCCUGACGCGAAUCAAUUCCUUCCGUGCCUUUUACGGCAUCUCAACAUGCUGCGGUCUGGCCGACUACCUCGCUCUCAUAGCCGGCGUGACUUUGAUUCUCGCCCACCUCGACAACCAUCGCUACCAAGAAACAGACCAAGUCUUGACUCAUCAGCGGCUGGGGGAUCGGGCCACGAUGAAGCAAGCCCUGGACGACAUGGAGGCGAACUGUGACAUCUACGGAGACACGGUGGUCGGGAGGUGCGCUGACCUGCUGCGCCACUUGCUGCGUUUCGAGGCAGACGCCGCCCAGCGGCAGAGUCAUCGUCUACACAAAGCUCAAGAGACCGAACCCGAGCCCGAGAGCAACCACGGUGAUGCUGGUGGUGAUGGUGAUGAAGAUGAAUGCAACGCCUUGUUCAUUACCAGCCUUUACUUUGGCAGUAUCAAAAUCGGCCGCAACGGCAUCCAGCCCGUCGACACGCUCGCCCCGGUAGGGGCCCACGUUACACAGACACAGGAUCUCGGAGCGGACUUUACGAUCGGCGGCAUCGGCUCCGUCCACAUCGACCAUUCCGUGGCACACGUGGCGAAAGAUUGUGAUUCGGGCCAACCCACUACCAGUGCCCUUGUUCCAGCAGGUCUGCCAAUGGGUGACUGGAUCACGCCCUCACCGCAAUCUGAAGACAUACACGCCGGCACUGUAUCUGUAUCUGACUGUGCGCAGCGGCAGCAGCAUCAGCUCCAGCUCACUAAUACCAUGGCGCCCCAUGAGUUCAUGAUGCAGCCAGAUGCAAUUUCAUACCCGGGUGGUACUGCCGCCAUGCCAAUGCCAGCCAUGGUGGAUGACUGGGCCUUCUCGGCCGUAGACACUGCCUUCUUCGACAGGUUGAUGAUGCCCGGCAUGACCGAUGUCCAGGCUGGAGCAGGAGCAGGAGCAGGAACUGGAGCCUUGGCCCCCGAUUGGGUCCGAGCUGCGCAUGCUAAUGGUGAUCUGGCCGGACCGUAA